AUGGCGUCACAACCGUCCCUCCGCUUCCUCGGAAUUCUGAAACCACCUGACUCCGACCACCUCGAGAUCGACGAAGGCGACCUCUUUUGGUCCUCUUCUUCGGACUCUUCCCCCUACGCCACCUCUCCUUCCCCUCCGACGCACCUAAAUCGCUCCCGCAACCACUUCAAGUCAGCGAUUUCCGGCCUCUCCGCCGCCCUCAACGACGACAACCACCUCGUCCGCCGCAAAUCCACUCUAAACCCUACCGUCUCCGGCGCCUCUACCGCCAGGAUAAUCCCUCAGGUCAACUCCAAACCGAAUCCCAACGGCGGCGUCUCCAAAUUCUACCAAUCCGCUCCGGUCAACGUGCCCGCCUGGCCCAAGCAUAAGAAGGGCGGAUUCGAUGCGUUUGAGGAGCUGGAUGAGACGGAUUUCCAGCUCGACGAGGACGAGAUGGUGCCCCCUCACGUGAUCGUCGCCAGGGCGCACGUGACACUCUCCGUCUUCGAAGGCGUAGGACGGACUCUCAAAGGAAGAGACUUGCGUCGUGUUCGCAAUGCUGUGUUUCAGCAAACAGGUUUUCUUGAUUGA